UCAAAUGCUUCGUUCCUUUAAAUUCCAGAUACAAAGGUUUUUGAUUCGUGCCCCACUUUCCACUUCCAAAAAUCCCACUUUCCUUUUCAAUCUUUCAAUUCCAUCCACAAACUUUUUCUCCAAGUCAAACAUUCUUGAUGGUUAAUGAUGCAAAAUAUAACUAUAAAUAGUAUUCACUGGAGUCUAACUGCCAGUAUACACAAGGACAAAAUAGAAUUAACUCAAGCUUGUCUAGCUAUUAAUAAUUGUAGGGAGCAUUUUUGUAAUUCAGUCCCGAGUCCAAUUACAAACUCUUACUUCUCUGUCUAACUUGGUAACUCUUCCUACAAUAAUAGAUAUAUAGAGGCUUUUAGACCUUAAUUUCGUAGGAACAAGUUAUUGAGAAAUAGAACCAUCUGAUUUAAUUCAUUUUGAUCAAUAGCCACGAUGGACCCUGAAGAAGGUGUGUCAGCCCCUUCAACACCAGCAACUCCGGGAACUCCUGGUGCUCCUCUCUUUGGUGGAUUGAUGAAACAUGAGAGGAAAAACGGAGGCUAUGGCAAAAAAUCCCUUCUUAAGAGCUGUAAAUGCUUCAGUGUCGAACCAUGGGCUUCGGAAGAAGGAACCUUGCCUGCUGUUUCAUGCAUGUUACCUCCUCCUCCUGUCUCAUUAGCUAGAAAGGUGGGAGCAGAGUUUAUAGGUACUCUGAUACUGAUAUUUGCAGGGACAGCAACAGCCAUUGUGAACCAGAAGACACAAGGCUCUGAAACAUUAAUUGGACUGGCAGCGUCGACGGGCCUCGCUGUAAUGAUUGUGAUUCUGUCAACUGGCCACAUCUCUGGAGCCCAUCUCAACCCUGCCAUAACCAUUGCUUUUGCUGCUCUCAAGCAUUUCCCUUGGAAACAUGUUCCUGUGUACAUUGGAGCACAAAUUAUAGCAUCAUUUUGUGCUGCAUUCACAUUGAAGGUGGUUUUGCAUCCAAUAAUGGGUGGUGGAGUCACUGUUCCUUCUGGUAGUUAUGUUCAAGCUUUUGCUUUGGAGUUCAUCAUCAGCUUUAACCUCAUGUUCGUUGUCACUGCCGUGGCCACCGACACUAGAGCCGUGGGAGAGCUUGCGGGAAUUGCGGUAGGAGCCACUGUCAUGCUCAACAUACUAAUAGCCGGGGAGACAACUGGGGCUUCAAUGAAUCCAGUGAGAACCCUCGGACCAGCAGUAGCAGUGGGAAACUAUAAAGCCAUCUGGAUCUACCUGACCGCUCCAAUUCUUGGCGCUCUAGUUGGGGCAGGCGUUUACUCUGCUGUCAAACUGCCUGAUGAAGAUGACAACAAUCAUGCAAAGCCUUCACUGGAACAUAGUUUCAGAACGUGAUUCAUCAGUAACAUCAUCAAAUCAU